CUCGGCAACACUAUACUAUUGGCUAUGACCGCGGUCUUUGUACAUUGCUUAGUUGCAAUUAGAGCUUUGUAUAGACGCAAGGAAAAAUCUAACUAAUCAAUGCACGUUGAUUCGCAAUGAUUAUGGCCGAUGUGUAGUCAGUAUACCAUUGUGACAGUUUCUAAUGGAUUAUCGGUCGCGGUGAACGCGUUAAAUCGCGAUUGACCAUUCGGUUUGGUACGCGAAGCAGGUUGAAGUUCGGUGUUAUAAUGAAAGUGUGACGAAAUUGUGAAAACAGUAUUGUGUUGUAAUUGGACGACUUGUACAUGCCAAUGUCGAGGUUGCUCAGGGAAAUGGAGGUGGCGUUUUUCCGGAAGCUAAUUAGAUUUUUAAGGGCGACGAAGGCGUUCCUUGACACUUUGAGCGAGUCUGGCGCAGCGUGUGUUUCACGAGCCACUGCGAUUAAGUUCCUGCUCGCGCGCAAAUUCGACGUCGACCGAGCAUUCGCGCUGUGGCGGCAGCAUGAGGCCACGCGCAGGCGCGAAGGCCUCAGCGCAUUCGAACCCUUCGAGGAUCCGCUCAAGACUGAACUUGCAACUGGGAAAUUUACUAUAUUGCCGACACGCGAUGCCACCGGUGCUGCCAUCGCAGUGUUCACAGCGAACAAACACUUUCCCACUCAGACAACGCAUCAGACUACACUGCAGGGCGUGGUGUACCAAUUGGACGUGGCGCUUCAGUCGCUGGAGACUCAGCGAGCCGGCCUCGUGUUCAUAUACGAUAUGACGGACUCCAAGUAUACUAACUUCGACUAUGACCUGUCCAGGAAGAUACUCACCAUGCUCAAGGGUGGUUACCCGGCUAAAUUGAAGAAGGUGCUGAUAGUGACGGCACCCCUGUGGUUCAAGGCUCCUUUCGGCAUUCUCCGGCUGUUCGUGCGGGAGAAGCUUCGCGAGCGCGUGCACACAGUGAGCGCGCCUCAGCUCGGCUCGCACGUGCCUCGCGCCAGCCUGCCCAAGCAGCUCGGCGGACAGUUGGAGCCGGACCACGCUGCCUGGUUGGAACACUGUAGAAACUGUUACACGAACAAUAUUCAGGCAUCCAAACUAGACGGCAUCGACGAAUAUGUAAUCAGCAAUCACAUACCCGCUGUCAAACCACAAAAUGGUAUAAUAGAUCGGGCGGUCGAAUGUGACAUGACUAGCGACCGCGCCGCGCGGACGGACACCGCAGACAUGCACAUCAGCGGGGACCCGCCCUACAACUGUGACCAUAGCCCGCUUAGGCACUCACACGGAUACAAUGGCGACGUCAAGGGCAGGCAUACUAAUUCCACGGAUGACGACGAUUUAGAUAUAAACACGCGCGGCACGUGGUCGUCGGGCGAGGCGUCGCCGACGUCGCCGGCGCUGUCGGACGAGGAGUGCGGCGGCGGCGCACGCGGCGAGGCGGCGGGCGCGCUGGCGGAGCGCGUGCGCGCGCUGGGCCGCCGCGGCCUGCACGCUGAGUACGACGAGAUCCGCGCGCGCCCGCCCGCGGGCACCUUCCACCAUGCCAAAUUGCCGAGUAAUCUAGCCAAAAAUAGAUAUACGGACGUACUUUGCUACGACCACUCGAGAGUACUGCUCUCGCAAACUGACCCCGACGACCCCACCACCGACUACAUCAACGCUAACUACGUUGACGGCUACAAGCAGAAGAAUGCCUUCAUUUGCACACAAGGACCACUCCCCAAAACUUUUGGCGACUUCUGGCGCAUGGUCUGGGAGCAAGGGACAUUAGUAAUCGUGAUGACCACGAGGACAGUGGAACGAGGUCGAGUCAAAUGCGGGCAAUACUGGCCCUUAGCUCCGAACACGUCCGCGCAGCACGGCGGCUUCGCGAUCACUAACGAAGCUGUCGAACAAGAAGACGAUUAUACUGUCACGCAUCUUGUGCUCACUGAUUUGAGGUCGGAGCAGUCGCGGCACGUGUGGCACGGACAGUACACGCGCUGGCCGGACUACGGCGUCCCGGGCGGCGCCGGCGCGGGGCCCGUGCUGCGCUUCCUGCAGCGCGUGCGUCGCGCGCAGCACCAGGCGCGCCACGACCUUGGUGACGCAUGGGCGGGACACAGUAGAGGGCCCCCAAUCGUAGUGCAUUGUUCAGCGGGCAUCGGUCGGACUGGCACGUUCCUGACACUGGACAUCUGCACGCUGCGGCUGUCGGCGGAGGGCGUGGCGGACGUGCGCGGCACGGUGGAGCGCAUCCGGGCGCAGCGCGCGCACUCCAUACAGAUGCCCGACCAGUACGUCUUCUGCCACGUCGCGCUGCUCGAGUACGCGGUGAUGCAGGGCUACCUGGACAGCGCGCAGUUGGCGGGCUUCGACGACGACCACGAGGACGACUCCGAAUGAAGACUCGCGCGGUCUUUCUGUGCUCUGCUCUAGUGACAGUGACACUGACCGUGACAGCUACAGUGACAGUGACAGCGAACACAGUGCUCAGUGUUGGUUCCCGAGUAUACUGCCUGCCGGAAUAUACUGGACCGGACUCAAAUAGUGUGAUUUCUUGCGUACAUUUUAUGGAAGCAACGAUAUUCAAGUGGAAAGUUUAUAGUUGAAUUGUGGUGUAAUGGAAAGAUACAUUAUUUGGCAGUUCAGACUCAGCAUGCUGAUAUCCAAAAUUAACAUUGAUUGGACCAUUCUGGAAUGAAAAAGCCUGGCGACCUGCGUGGUUGGUGGGUUGGCCACUAACAGACAGUAGAGAAGUUAACAAUUAACAUUUAAAAUAAAUGAACGGCUACAAUAUGUAUGCUAGCUCGGCCUGAAGGCCUGUCUCAGCGAAGCCCGAGCUCCAGUCGCGAUCUCAGCCCCGCCAAAGAUUCCAGGGUCGCACAAACGAGAGAUGUGUUCAUUUAGUGUAAGUGUCAGGGACUCCCAGACUCGGCCGUAUUACACCGCCCAGUCUUGAAUCAUGUUCCUGUAGCAUGAAUAAGAACUGAGACAUCGGACAUAUUUCUGAAGUAAACCUCGUAAUUUCAAGUAUUUAUUUUGCUUAUUAUAAAUCUUAGUAACCAAAAAUGUUUCCGUAAUUAGAAUGUUAUUAUUUAUUUAUAAAAAGAAGUAUGGCUGUGUGAAUUUUUCUUUAUGUAGCUAUGUAUGUUUAUAUUUUUCAAAGAAUUGUGGCGUCUUUUAUUAUUUAAAUGAAUAUAAUGGUUUUAUAAAUUAUUCUUAUAACUGAAUCGCGGGUUUGAUACAUUUUUAUACGUUGAGGUGCUGGUAGGGUAAUGAAAUUAAACAAUUGAUAUGUCAUCAUUCUUUAUAAAUACAUUGAAUAUGGUGUGAAUAAUCUAUAAUUUUUAUAAUCAUUAAAAGUCCAUGUUCUUCGCCAGUAUUAUAUGAACUGAAAAAUUCGCGCAUUAUAAAUUAUAUCGUAAACUAUGAUUAAAAUUGUGUAGAUAGACUGAAAUCCCAAAUUUGACUAGUGGACCUUUAGCGUGGUGCCGGCGACUGAACAAUAGUUCCAAUGCUGGCAAUAGCUCCCAAUUUAAACUAAAUGAAAUAUAAAAUGUAAAUAAAUAAAGUAUUUACCAAUUAGUGAAUUUAUAUAUAUGAAUAGCAAAUGAUUAUUUAUUUUUCAAAGUAACCUGUUAGCUACAUAUCCAAGGUGAAUAUUUCGAAGCGCCGCGCCGUCCUGUUUCGCAACGUACAUAUCUCUGUAGCUGGUUGAGUUCAAAUUAUUUUAAUUAUCCUUAUUUCUGGCUUCACUUGCCACGAGCAAAACCAAGAAUCUCCUAAUAUUAAAAUGCCAUAGUAUUAAUAUACUGAUUCACCAUCGUACCAAAACAAAAUACUGUUUUGAAAAAUACGAAUUUUGUAAGAACUUUAUUAUGAGGUCAAAACAGCUGUCGCAAUUGUAUUUAUCCAUUCAAAUUUGAGCUGUCCACACUCUUAAAUUAAGAAAAUUGUUAAAACAACUGUUGAUUCUGUAUCUGUAAAUAUUUUAAUCUGUUAAAAUUGAAUUGUGAAAAUAUGGUGUGAAAUAAAAACAACUUGUAAUAUAUUCA